AUGGUUGCUUCUCGUGGACAUGAACAAGUCAAAGACUUCUACGAGAAUUGGGUAAAAAAACCCGAAUUACUGAAGUUCGACAGCCUACCAAAAAAUCAUUUUGUUCUGAUAAAUUCGCCUCGGUUUGACGUUUAUGGCAAUGAUUUUGGGUGGGGAAAACCUGUUGCGGUGAGGAGUGGAAAAGGGAAUAGGUUUGAUGGAAAGAUAACUAUUUCUGCUGGGGUGGAAGAAGGUAGUGUGGACAUUGAGGCUUGUCUAUCUCCUCAAACUUUGCAUGCUGUGGCAGAAGAUGUAGAAUUUAGAGCAUCCAUAUGUUCCUAG